CGAGCCUGGAGCGAGGUUCGAGGUGGGCAGCGCCGCCUUCCGCCGCACGCCACCCGGUCGCUCACCCAGGUCGGCGGCCAGAGUGCCGGGCUCGCGCUCGCCCCGCUCCCGCAGCCAACGGUGCGCCCAGCGGCCAUGACCGCCGAGGAGAUGAAGGCGGCGGAGAACGGGGCGCAGUCGGCGCCCCUGCCUCUCGAAGGAGUGGACAUCAGCCCCAAACAGGACGAGGGCGUGCUCAAGGUCAUCAAGAGAGAGGGUACAGGCACAGAGACACCCAUGAUUGGGGACCGAGUCUUUGUCCACUACACUGGCUGGCUGCUAGAUGGCACAAAGUUUGACUCCAGUCUGGAUGGCAAGGACAAAUUCUCCUUUGACCUGGGAAAAGGGGAGGUCAUCAAGGCUUGGGAUAUUGCUGUGGUAACCAUGAAAGUGGGAGAAGUGUGCCAGAUCACCUGCAAGCCAGAAUAUGCGUACGGUUCAGCAGGAAGCCCUCCAAAGAUCCCCCCCAACGCCACACUUGUAUUUGAGGUGGAGUUGUUUGACUUCAAAGGAGAAGACCUUACAGAAGAUGAAGAUGGCGGGAUUAUCCGCAGAAUACGGACUCGGGGGGAAGGCUAUGCCAGGCCCAAUGAUGGUGCUAUGGUAGAAGUGGCACUGGAAGGCUACUAUCAGGACCGGCUCUUUGACCAGCGGGAGCUCUGCUUUGAAGUCGGGGAAGGUGAAAGUCUGGAUCUGCCCUGUGGGCUGGAGGAUGCCAUUCAGCGCAUGGAGAAGGGAGAACAUUCCAUUGUGUACCUCAAACCUAGCUAUGCUUUUGGCAGUGUUGGGAAGGAAAGGUUCCAGAUACCCCCAUAUGCUGAUCUGAGGUAUGAAGUACAUCUCAAGAGUUUUGAGAAGGCCAAGGAGUCUUGGGAGAUGAACUCUGAGGAGAAGCUGGAGCAGAGCAACAUAGUGAAAGAGAGGGGCACCAUGUACUUCAAGGAAGGCAAGUACAAGCAAGCUUUACUGCAGUACAAGAAGAUUGUGUCUUGGCUAGAAUACGAGUCUAGCUUUUCUGGUGAGGAAAUGCAAAAGGUCCAUGCGCUCCGACUGGCCUCACACCUCAAUCUGGCCAUGUGUCACCUGAAACUGCAGGCCUUCUCAGCUGCCAUCGAAAGCUGUAACAAGGCCUUGGAGCUGGACAGCAACAAUGAGAAGGGCCUGUUUCGCCGGGGAGAAGCACACCUGGCCGUGAAUGACUUUGACCUGGCACGAGCUGACUUCCAAAAGGUCCUGCAGCUCUAUCCCAGCAACAAAGCCGCCAAGACACAGCUGGCUGUGUGCCAGCAGCGGACCCGCAGGCAGCUUGCCCGGGAAAAGAAGCUCUAUGCCAACAUGUUUGAGAGGCUGGCUGAGGAGGAGCACAAGGUUAGGGUUGGGGCCAAGGCAGGAGUGGCUGCAGGAGACCAUCCCACUGAUACUGUGAUGAAGGGUGAACCGAACAAUGUGCCCGGGAACCAGUCUCAGGUGGAGACAGAAGCAUAGCUCACCUCCCUGCUGCCCACCUCUGCAGCUGCCUGCCUGCCCCCUUCUUACUCCACCCUGUUAGUUUUGUAAAAACUGAAGAAUUUUGAGUGAAUUAGACCUUUAUUUUUCUA